UUCGUGCGUGGAACACCGUGCUAGUCGCACGCGCGCCUGUCUCGCAAACAGGUACAAGUUAUCGCCGGCAAUCGUUUAUUUGUGCCUUAUCGUGUUCAUUACCACCUUUUUUCGACAUUGUUCUAACGAGAUGCACUUAUCAUAACGCGCCUGGGCGGGAAGUGAUAUGGAGUGCGUUUAUCGCCGGUCUUGAGAUUGGAUGCUCUUGACAUUAGUAGCGAACGAUUCCGCGUGAAAUUAGUUCGAAAAAGAAAAGUCGAAAAGAUCGGCUUAGAUCCUAGCUGAUCUUUGACCGAUCAGCGGCGAGAAAUAAAACGGAAGAGGAAACGCGGAGUUCCACGCAUCAGUGAGCUAAGAGGUGAUUUGUCAAGUGACUUCGGAGUGAAGUGACCGUAUGAGUGAAAGACUCGGGAUGUCACGUGUGCCGUAACCUGUUCGUUUUGAGUAUAAGACCUUAGAAGAAAAACUGGAGGUCGACACGUAUGAGGUGUCAGUUGUCGUCCAGCUGACAACAGAUGUCAUCCCGAUCGAAGACGGGAUGUCGACCGAUGGGUCGACGACGGAUAUCAAUGUCUUACUCAACGACACCGAGUCUGAUCUCACCAGCUUAUCGCAUGUUGAUGCGCCGAGUGAUGCGAAUUACAUGAUAUGCGGUGUCGUUAUAGCCAUGGCACUAGUCGGGCUCAUCAUAGUUCUACUUGCCCUCACAAUAAACAAGCUGCGCAAGCGGGAGGAGCAUUCUGCUUCGGUGCAUCCUGCUGAAGUGAUCCAAGCUACCCCGGCGCCUACUACGGAACCCCUCGCCUUCCGUCAGCAGCCGCUGUGGCAGUUCCCGCCACCGCUGCCUCCGCCUUACGUCUAUCAUCACGAUCAGGACAACUUAAUGCAACCUAUUGGAAAUGAGCGAGCGAGUUUCCGCAGCCUUCGCAAGAACAUCGGUGGCCGUUGGAAGCGGCUUGUGAAAAAGAAGCCUGAACAAGAGGUGUACACUAUCCCGCCAGAGCUCAAGCCUCAGCUCAAGCAAAUAUACGUGUAUUAAACUUGUGGAAUCAACACAAAUACUUAGUUGUUUAAAUAACUGAAGCUGGCCUUUUCAAUCGCUAUGUAGUUGACUUCAACACCUCGUUGGUUGUAAUCUUGUUGAUUACAUUGUUCUCGAAUAUCAAAAUUUUAAACUUAACAUCUGUAGGGCUCUCAACAGCCAUAUCUUUGAACAUAUCGUUUCGACCAAUUAUUUGUAAUAAUCAUUUUGUUGUAUUCCUUCAUACAGCACCAUUGUGAUGUAAAGCCUAGGUUUGUAUUAUUAAGUAUUAGAACACUGAUGUUUGUUAGUGCUGAUUCGCUGCUGAGUUCUGAAUGUAGAGUGAAGUGUUCGUGAUAGUCAAAUGAAUUAGUUUAAUUAUUAAUUUAAUGUUAUGAAUGAGAUACCUAUUAGGAAAAUGCGGUCGCGCAUACUAGUAACGAGAAUCCAAUAAUUAUGAUAUAAAAUAUGAUGCCUUGUUAUAUAAUUUUGACUAAUUAGGGCAUUUUGUAGUUCAUUAACUUAUUGUAGACAUGAUCGUAAUGUUAAGCAGACAUCGAUCAAAUAGUUUGUGAAGAAUAUUGUACACAUGGAUGUAUUUAUCUAAGAACUGCAUUGAUAUUGUAUAACAGCUUAUGGUUUGCUACAGUAUUUUUAUAUCAUUCGUGUUGUGAGUGAGCAUGAACAAUGGUACAAUUUAACGUAACAUGACUCAAAAGAAAUCUAAUAUUUUCUGAUAUUAUUGACUUUAAAAAAAAUCUGUUUAAUUGCACAAGUUUCACAAUUUGAAUUAUGAAUGACCUACUUAGUUGUUAAAAGUUACGUUACUUGCAUGCUAGUAGAGUAAUUUCAGAUUUUCGCCCGGUCCUUGCUGUGAUGAAAGACCAUUUUGAUGUAACAUAUCGAAUUUUGAAUUUGCCUUAAACCUUGUCAAUUAAAUCGUAGGAGGACCGUUGGUCGAGAAUUUAGAUAGCUCAUAUUGAGCCUGAUAUUUUGAAGAAAUAAGUUGAUAGCUAAUAGGUACAAGCCAGCCAUUACUUUCUUAAAUUCUAACUGUUGACAGUAAAAUGGACCAUGUUUAACUGUAAUUUCAAACAGCAUGAAACGUUACUUUUGUUAAGAAAAAUGUAAUCUUUCGUUGAAAUAAUGAAAAUAAAUUCCAUCGUGAUAUA